AUGAAUUCAGAGGAUUAUGUUGGAAUAGAUUUAGGAACAACAAGAACAAAGGCUGUUAUUUGGAAUAAACAAUUUGGAAAAACUGAAACUAUUAAAUUUAGUGGAAAAGAAUAUCUUCCUUCCGUGAUUGAUAUUAAAAAUCCAUCCAAUGUUAUAGUUGGUAUUGAUGGUACACAUGAAGGAAUGAUCUAUGAUAUUAAAAGAGUUAUUGGUAAAAAUUCAAGUAGUGAAGGAAUUGAAGCUGAGAAAAAACGUUUUGGUGAAAGAUUAAUUUUUGAUCAAGAAGGAAAUCCUCACAUAAAACUUAGUUAUUCAUCACCAGAGACUUUACGACCAGAAGAAAUUAGUGCAAUUAUUUUGAAUGAAGUAAAGAAAGCAAUUAUUGCACGCACUAAAACAGAUAAAUUUAAAGUGGUUAUAACUGUUCCAGCUACUUUUACAGAUCAACAAAAAGAUGCUACAUUAUGUGCUGCUCAAUUAGCAGGAUUAGAUGUUAUUCAAAUAUUACCAGAACCAACUGCAGCUGCUUAUGCUUAUGCUCAAGAAGUAGAUCAAAGUAAUGGAAACUUUUUUGCAUUUGAUUUUGGAGGAGGAACAUUAGACACUACUAUUCUUAAAAAAACAGGUAAUGAUUUAAAAGUUAUAAGUGCAAGUGGAGAUCAACAUCUUGGUGGUAUUGAUAUUAAUAAUAAUUUAUUUGAAUUAGUUCUGAAUAAAAUUAAAGAUGAGGAUAUUAAUUUGUAUAACAGACUUAACAUAAUGCAAAGUGAAGAUACUAGAACAAAAAGAAAAAAGAUUAAAAAAAGAAAUACAUUAAGAAAAGAAAUUGAAACAGCAAAAAUUGAUUUAUCAUCAUCUGACGAUGUAACAAUUAAUUUAUCAAAAGUUCAAGAUUGUGAAGAAGAAGAAGGUAUAGAAAUUGGUGUUACUAGAGUUGAAUUUGAAUUAAUUAAUAAAGAAAUAUUUAAUAGAUGUAAAAAGGUUAUUGAUGAAACAUUAAAAAAGGCUAGAAUUAGUGUUAGAGAAAUAAGUAAAGUAUUUCUUGUUGGAGGAAGUUCUUAUAUUCCUGCUGUUGAAAAUCUUUUAAAAGAAAAAUUUGAAAAUAAAGUAGCUGAAUCAAACUUUGAUAGAAAUACUGUUGUAGCUGAAGGAGCAUGUAAGUUUUGUUAUAGUAAAGAGACAAAAGCAGAUGGAUCAAUUAUUCCUAAUCUCAGUGAUAUUACAUUAUAUCCUAUUUGUAUUAAAUCAUUAGAUGAUAAAAAUCAAGAAUUUAUGGCACAAAUCGUUAAAGAAAUUUCAACUAUUCCAUUAACAAGAAGUUUUGAAGCUGAAACUGUUGGUGGAAAUGCUAUUGUUGAAAUUUAUGAAGGAACUCGUCAAUUAGGGAAUUUUAUUAUUAACAAUGUUCAACAACCAAUAAUUAAAAUGGAGUUAUCUAUUGAAAAUGAUUAUUUAGUUCAUGUCAUUGCUCGAUUAAAUAAUCAAACUAUCAAAGAAGCAUAUAAUGCAACUAGAAAACAAAACACUGAUUCUGAAAUUGAAAUAAGAAGAAAACAUCUUCAGAAAUAUUUUAAGUAA